AAAGGGCCAGCGGGGCAUGUGUUUUGUCGCGGCCGCCAGGCAGGAGCUCCCACCCUCGGCGGCUCCCGCUCCGCUUCUGCCGUCGCCGCCGCGCCGUCCCGGGCCCGACAGGCCGGGUCCAGGUGCUGCAGCCCCGCGAGGGACGUAGGCAGCCAUGGCCGAAACGGCGCCCGCCCUGGCCCCUGCGAAAGGCAAGCACACAGAGGACCAGAGGCCUUCGACACCUCCCUUACCCCAGCCAGCUGCUGAGAAGAACUCGUACCUCUACUCCACGGAGAUCACACUGUGGACAGUGGUGGCUGCCAUUCAGGCCUUGGAGAAGAAGGUGGAUUCCUGCCUGGCCCGCUUGCUGACUCUGGAGGGACGCACGGGGACAGCCGAGAAGAAGCUGGCAGACUGCGAGAAGACAGCCGUGGAGUUCGGGAACCAGCUGGAGGGCAAGUGGGCCGUGCUGGGGACGCUGCUGCAGGAGUACGGGCUGCUGCAGAGGCGGCUGGAGAACGUGGAGAACCUGCUGCGCAACAGGAACUUCUGGAUCCUGCGGCUGCCCCCGGGCAGCAAGGGGGAGGCCCCCAAGGUGCCCGUGACCUUUGAUGAUGUGGCCGUGUAUUUCUCCGAGCAGGAGUGGGGCAAGCUGGAGGACUGGCAGAAGGAGCUCUACAAGCAUGUGAUGAGGGGCAACUACGAGACGCUGGUCUCCCUGGAUUAUGCCAUCUCCAAACCGGACAUCCUCACCCGGAUAGAGAGGGGAGAGGAGCCUUGUCUUAACCAGUGGGGCCAGGAGAAGGGGAGUGAAGUAGAAGUGGCACAUUCAAGGAUGUCGGGCACUGGCCUCCCUCCAUAUCCGGAGUACCUCACCAGCCCACUCAGCCCUGCCCAGGAGGAGCUGAAAGAAGGGCAGGCCCCCAAGCAGCAGCGGGACUCCGAGGCGAGAGUGGCCCCUGCCGGGCUGGGAGCAGGCCGGGCCACCACCAAGCCAGAGCUCCUGGUCCCAGUGGAGAGAGGAGACCAGCAGGCAGCUGUAGCCUGCCUAGCGCGGAGAGGGGCUGGAGCCUGGGCACUGGUGCGCUCUUCCUGCCAGAAUUCUAGAAGCAGUGUCAACGGGGUGCUCAUUCAGGAGACGCAGGCCAGCUGGAAACACCCCCAGGAUUUCUGUCCUGGAUCAGAUGAGAGGAAGUGGGAGGAGUCAGCAGGGCGCGCAGGAGACCACUGAGACACACGUCUGCUCAGGCAGCAUGGUGCUGGACGCUGCAGGGGCUCAUUGAUGCGUGAGACACAGCUUCCCCUCGGGAGAGAGGAGACGAAUACAGACACAGUAAACAGUGGGGCGGAGCACUGCUGUGUCUGCAGCCAGAGAACCCUUUGAGAAUCUGACCCAAAAGAUGGCCAGUAUCCUAAGAAAAAGCUUACGAUGUGCACACAGCUGCAGGUGUUCUUUCAUCUGUGGUGGAAGGGGUGUCUCGGUGGCCACGGGCGGCCCAGAUGAAGGUGCUGCCGGGGGAAAAUGUCACCACACUGGUCUUGGGGGGCUCUGUGAGAGAGGGGGGGACUUGAGAGGGGCUUAGAGUCUGGGUGAGAGGCAUUGAGGAGGCCAGAGGCAUUCUGGGUAGAGAGGACCCUUGGGCUGAGGCUCAGAGGUGGAUGAAGGGGAGAGGGGUGUUGGGUGGCCUUAGGUGGAACAGCCACUGGGUGGAACCGGCAGAUGAUGGGAGCUGAAGGAGGGUAGGCGGGAGCAGGGCCUUUAGUGAUGCCUGAGCCCAGCUUCAGACUCCAGGAGGGCAAUGGGUGGGUGGCCCAACUGCAGAGCCUGUGACAGGGACGCCUUACUCGUUGUACCCCUCUGUGUCCCUUCCCUGCAGAGACCUGGCUGGGCAGCAAAGAGGAGUCUGGAGGGAGGGUCCCAGGACAGCGAACCAGCCUGGGCUGCUAGAGGGGGGCCUGGCAAGGAGGGCUUCCGGGGGGAUCACCUGUGGGAGUCUGCUUCCUGACCCCAGGGAGCGAGAGGUAACCUCCCUCCCUCCAGGAACCCCGAGCCAGGCUGAGCCAGCUGCUAGGGGCACGGAGCAGUGCCCACUCUGCGCCCCGUGUGGAAGGAGCUCAGUGUACAGCACCUGAACCCGCAUCAUGGCCAGCGGCCUUUUGCCGGUGAUCAGUGUCCCAAGAGCUUCACCCAGCCAGCCACCCUCGCCAGCCAGCACCAGGUGCACGUGGCCGAGUGCGCCUAAACCUGCCCCCAAAGUGCCAAGACCUUCGUCCACCAGGUCAUGCUCACCCACUACCGCAGGCACACCGCGGAGAAGCCCUGCGAGUGUGCUGAGUGUGCCAAGUGCUUCGGCCGCCUGUCCACGCUGUUGGAGCACCCGCACAUGCGUACCAGUGAGAAGCCCUUCCAGUGAGCGCAGUGCGACAAGCACUUCAGGCGUCUGGCCAACCUGACUGUGCACCAGAGCGUGUUUUCGGGGGAGCGCGCCUUCCAGUGCACCCAGCGAUUCACGCAGAAGCCCAGCUUCCUGCCCCACCUGUGCGGCUACUCGCAGGAGAAGCGCUGUCCUUGCGGCCAGUGUGGCAACAGCGUCACCUGUCCCUCCUGGCUUGUGUGUCACCAGGGCAGCCAUGCUGAUCAGGCCUCUCCAUCUUGCCAGGUUUGUGAGAGGGAAUCCCUGACCCACGAACUCCCCACAGGCCUCCUCGGGUGCAGUGUAGGGGAACGCCCCUAGCGAUCCUUCUGCUGCACUCAGAUUUGAGGGCACCGGGACAGAGCUGGGCCUCAAGGGGACAGGUGGCAAAGUGGUGGUGAUCAGGAAGGUGUGUGUGUGGGGGUUGUCCCUUGCACAGUCCUGUUUCUCAUGUGGAGAUGGAGAAUGUGGGUAGCACCCAGAGAGCUCCCUAAAGGAGCUGUGAGGGCACGGGCAGUUGAUGCCCCUUCAAUCCAAGGAGCCUCUCCUGGAGGGCACUUCUUGGCCAGGUCACAGUAUUCUGCACCGUGGUCUUGGCCUCCCAGGGGAGGGCCAUUCUCCCAGGCUCUGUGGUUGCCCACGAGGCUGCUCACUGCAGGGAGGCAGGGAUGCUGCUGGGGUAGAGGCCAGUCCCAAACACUUGAGCCUCACUGAGCAGAAGGCCUGUGUUGGGAGCGGGGAUGGGCAGGAGUGGCCGGCUUUGCCUUGUUCUAUUAGGUGAGUGAUUUUCAGAGACGAAGUUCCCAGUUAGGAGGUGUCAUUACUCAGUGCUUUGAAGGGACAUCCAAGGUGCUUAGCCUUAGCCACAGCCCUUGGUUUCCUGAAUGCUGAUUGUGCAGAUCCUAAGUGCUUCCUAGGGUGGGCAGUGGUGGCGGGAGGCCCUGGACAGAGUCCCGGCCAGACCCAGCCUCCUGUUUAAUAGGCUGAGCCCAAGCGUCCCUCAGAUUCAAAUCUUGAGCUUGGUGAGUUGUAAGAUUUCAGGGAAACUUUCCCUGACUUCUGCUUCUCCUUUGCCCCUCAUUACCUGGAAAGGCAGCUCUGUGGGCCAUGUGUCUCAGAAGUGCUGUGUCUCAGAAGUGCUCAGGACCAGCCAUCUUGGCCCCCACAGGGCACUCUCCAGUGGUGUAAGAUUUGUCUUCAAGCCAUUGUUGGAGCAGGCAGGCAAAGGGGCUUUCUGAGGAUCCAGCCUGUGCCAGCCACUGGGAUACAAAGGAGACUGAGGCCUGGAUCCUAGCUGUGGGGCUGGGAGGGGUAUCUGGCAUCAAUGGUGGCACCUGGCAAGGAACACAUCCACACUAGCAGGCAGCAUGGGCUGCAGUAAAUGUGCAGAAGCACCUAAAGGUUGAGCAGAAGGGAGGAAGGAAACCUGGACGUGGCCUGCCGGCAGCUCACAAGUCCCACUGAGAUCCUGGCGGCCCGCCACCAUCUGAAGAUUAGGCCAAUCACUUGGGCUUUUCAGGCGGGCCCUUAUGGUGGCCCUUCCAUUUUGAUACAUUGAGUUCCCCCUCAGCUACUGGAGAUCUCAGCCACAACUGGGCUCCAGCUGUGACCCGGACUCCCCCAGGAUCCCGUAGAUCCUCGGCUGUCAGAUAAUCCCCGUCCCCGCCUCCUCCCCACUCAACCCUCAGUACUUGAUACGAAUGCGUGUGUGCUUCCAAGGACUAGAGGCCGGUGCUGUCUCUACCAUUGCUCUCGCUCUGGGGGGCACACGAGCAGAUGGUAGCAAGCUCUGGAGAGUGGCCCUCGGGCAAGUGAGGUGCUCUGGCGCUGCCCCCUGGACUCUCACGUUUGUAGUUUGAGUUGGUUUUUAUUGGAAGCUCUGCGAUUUAUUAUAAUCACUUACAACCUCUGUAAAUAAGGAACUAUUUAAGAGGAAUUGUAAAUUUCCUCUCCCCCUUCUUACCUUGUCCGUGAUUGAUCUUGUUUGUGAUACAGUAAUGGUAUUCAACUCCAGGUUCCCAUGAUCAGUGGCGAAAUAUAGUGAUUCUCGUGUGCUUCCAUUCUGAAGCUCUGAAAAGAAGUACUGGAUGGACUGAAGGCAAGGACAACAUCCCAAAGAAAGGGAGAGUCCAGGUGGGCUUGAAGGGCCAGCCUGUCAAUGCCUGGAGGGCAGAGGCCUCAGUGUCUAGCAUUGUGCCCUGCGCAUGGAAAGCCCCUAUGUUUGUGGAAUGAAUGAAUAACAAUGUUUUCAUAAGUGGUGCCA